AUGUCUGCAAAUGAUAUACUUGACGUGUUAAACGUUCAAAGAGACAGUCAACAACAACCUGCGAAGAAAAAGCAAAGAAUCGAUCAUGGACAAAACCCUCGACAGUCUGGUAUGGCCAGAGAACUUUACAACCUCUUAGGUCCAAACACUCCACCUGUGAGUUUAGCAGGCACUUCCUACACAGCAAACAAUGGUAUCAAGGAUAAGAUUAAUAGUAAACCUUCGCCAUGGACGAGGACUACAUUUCAACCUCAAGACCAAAAGGCCUCCUUUCAUCAUUGGGUCAAGGGUUCGAAGGAGCUUUUGGAACAAGAAGCGGGAAAGCCUUAUUUCUUUGAUAAAUUCAACACUAAGUUGAGUUUACCAGAGUUGGUAGAUGAAGAAACGUAUGCUGGAUAUGUAGAAGAAUUUAAGGAAGCUGAAGAGCAAGAUAGAGAGCGCAUCAUUGCCGAGAGAAGACGAAUCCAAGAACGCGAGUUGGAAAGACAAAGAGAACGAGAAGAAAAGGAAAAGGCGGUUAGAGAAAGACAAGAGAAGGAGAAGAAUAAGGGAGCAGCAGUCACCAAAGAAUCUGCGACUACUUCUAAUAGUUCAAAUGGAAGUACAACUACGGACAAAUCGACAACUAUUCCUGAACCAAAAGUGGAAGCUGGAUCUUCUCAAACUACUCUGCAAUCAGCACCGGUACCAGCACCAACAACAAAACCAAAGCCAGUGACCACAACAACCACGACAGAAUCUGUACCAGCACCCACUCUGACCGUGGAACCACCUGUCACUGAGUCAACAUCUACCGCUACUCCUAAUGCACAACAGAAACCUCCACAAUCAAAACCCGAACUUGACGACAUUGAAGAUAUUGAAAUUCCAGAGGAAUGGAGCUACGAAGAAACAAAGCUUCUUUUCGAGUUAUGUAAUGCAUUUGAAUUGAAAUGGAAUAUUAUCUAUGAUAGAUUCAAUUACCCUACAGAAAGAAGUUUGGAAGAUCUUAAGGAACAUUUUUAUCGUGUUUGUUACAAGGUCCUUGAACCUGAACUGAAUACCAACCCUAAUUUACUCGAGUCACUUAAGUCAUUUUCAAAGACGAAGGAAAUUGAGAGAAAGCAAUACUUGGAAAACCUUCUCAAGCGUACACCUGCAGAGAUAGCAGAAGAAGAGUCUUUAGUGAUAGAAGCCAGAAGAUUCGAACUUGCUGCAAAGAAGAUGCUUGUAGAAAGAUCUUAUCUUCUUAAUUUGCUUGAUUCACCACAGACAUCACAAUCUGUUCUGCAAUACCAGUCAUCCCAGGGGUUGGCUACAUUGUACAACAACUUGAUGAUAAUAGACAAACAUCAAAAGAAACGCCAACAGCAACAACUGUUACAAAAAAGUUCAACUUCUGGAAGCAACGAACCAAUACCGCCACCAAUUCCUAUUGCUGCUUCCUCUUCGUUCAAGAAGGAACGUAAUUUCCAAACCCACUUACAACAAUAUCUUUCUGGAAUGCUUAAGCAGAAUCCAGCUCUUGCUGGCAGUAAGCAAGAACCAAGCGCCAUUCAACAACUUCUUGCUAAGAGGUUGACAGUAAAGGAAGAGGAGGCUUAUGGAUUACAUUACCAUGCCAAUGACAAGAUUAAUCCAGGGGUUACAUUACGGUCACAACAAAGAUUGCCCGGUUUACAACAAAGGCAAUCAGUUUUGAAAUCUGUUAAUAACUUACUUCAAGAACUUGAUAUACCGACAGCCGGUGGUACAAACUGGAAGCCUGUGAUGCCAACCAGAAAGACUAUGGCAAAAUACGACACAUUAUUACGAGCCGUUGUAGCUUUGUUAGAUGUUAAAAAGGGUAAGGACAAAUUGGAAUCAGAAAUUAAGUUGAUUAAGGCACAAAGAAAACUUUAA